AUCAAGUGCUUGCGUUAGAAAUAUUAAGCAAGGGGAAUAUCGGCGCAGGAAACCAAUGCCACAGCACCAGGGAGAGCUGAUUCAGGGAGGCUGUCUCUAGAAACUUGAAAAUUUACAACUGGCGCACUGAGGAUUAAGAAGCCUUAGAAAAGGAAGGAGUGUCAGGGAGCUUCUAAUCCUGGAUCCCCCAAACUCGUGGACACAUCCCACUAGCGAUAUGAAGGACACUGCUGUAGGGCCCAUUGGCAUCAACAUGCAUGCACUCAUGGUGAGUUACUCUUCUUGGACUUCCUUCUGUCUUUCUGAUUCCAUUCAGAUGAAAGUCUCAGCUUGUUCUAAACAGCCCGCGACACUUUCCUGACCAAUAAGAACUCAUUUAAAAAAGACUGGGUUCUGACAUGGCAUCACGAGGCAAGCUCACAUAACAUAAAAUAUCACGCCAUUUUCAUUGCCCGUGGGUCCUUCUGUUGCCUUCUGGUCACAUUUUAUUCUACUUAUACUGGUGAUGUGCUUUUAAAAGUAAAUUUAAAAGGGGUGAGGCUUAAGAUGUGAUAGUAAUACUAGCAUACCAGGUACCGUAAUAAUAUAGGUUACAAUAGGCUGUCUUAUGUUAACAAUGACUGAAACUUAGCCCAUGCCUCUCCCAAGGAAACCCAAUGAGGAAAUGAAGGCGAAGAAGAAGAAAAGAUAACUCUUGUAGAGACGCACAGCUAGCUAGCUAGCGUCAGGACUGACUCUCAGUUCUUCUAUGUCUUUCUCAUCUAUUUAACCAAGCAUCAGACAAAUUUGACAUUGUUAAACUGAAGAUAAACAAAACACAAAGUGACCAUCAGGCUGUGUUGUGGGUUGCCGCCAGGAAGGCACUAGGUUCGAUAAGGCUCACCUGUACUGCAGGAGAGGCUUGGGGAUAUCAGAAUGCCCUUGUACGUCAUGCUGGAGACCUAAGAUCUCAGCAGGUCUGAGAUAAUAACUCAAAGCACCAUGUCAAACACUUGGGGCAAUUUCUAAGCAUGUAGUGGCAGGGAUUCCUCUUGGAAUCAAGCACAGAUGGCUUCAAUCCCAGCUUCUCCACUUGGCAAGAAACCACUGAAUCUGUCGGCUCAUCUGUAUCCUACUCAUCUGAAAAAUUUAUAAGACGGAUACCAGCAAACUGUUACAGGACAGUUAAUAUCUGUCAAACCGCUCUGAUGAAUUAUCUCACUUAGCCUUCAAAAUACUUUUCCAAGAUAUUGUUAUAGCUCCUUAAGAUGGGGAUGGGGAUUUGGUCUCAGAAGAGUUACACGGUUUAUCUAGUUUAGGCUUCAAACCAAAAUGGUCAAUCUCGAAUCAGCCCUUAACUCCACUGCACUGCACUGUGGAAAUUAAAUAACAGGUAAGGGUUAUAAAGCUGGCACCUAGGAAGUAAAAAUGUCAAGGCCUUAUUGGUACCCUCAGAAGGAGUCACUGGCAGCCUAGAAUCCACAAUUUUCCAUUGAGUCUCUUAUUUAAGACUACAAUUCCCAGAAUGCUAUGGCUGUAGAAAUCAUCCAAUCAGAAUGCUGGGGGAUAGACGGUGGCCAAUCGGGUAAUCAGAGACACUGGCCAAUCAGGAAGUAUAGCCUGGAUUUCCCGCCCUCUCUCCUCACUUAUGGUUGAGUUGGCUGACUGUUGAAAGUUUUAUCCUCACCAGGUCCGUUGACAACGCUUUUAUUUGCGGUGGUGAGUUGGAAAGGAUCUUAGAGGUUGAUCCAAAGUGUGUAUCACUCCUUAAUGUCUGGAGAAGAAAAGAAUUAUUCAUCUGCCGUGAAGGAGCAGACAUUUAAGAAUAACCAUCAUGACCACAAGCAAAAAGUGGAAGCCAUGAUUAAGAACAUUAAUACAAUUUAUUUGGAGGUGAAGAAGAUGAAAGAACUCUCCCAGAUCCUGCUCUGUGACCUCAAUCUUCAUUUUGGUCAGCCGAAGAAGAUGAAGGACCCCAAAGAGGCAGAAACAAGUCACCUAUUUGAGGACCCUGAGAUUCCAGAUGGAGCCCUUGCUUCCAUCAGUUUAUCUGAUUGAACUCACUCUCUCUCUCUCUCUCUCUCUCUCUCUCUCUCUCUCUCUCUCUCUCUCUCAUUUCUGGUUUUGUUGAAUUCAAACUCUGGAAGAACCAAGUUUAGAAUAUAAUUUUAAGCAGUAGUAAAUUAUAAGUAAGCAUA